AUGCGGCUAUUGAAGUUGGGCAUAGUUGUCCCCCUUUGUUUAAUCGCCAUCUUGCUUUCUUGCUCGUCCGUUUUGUUUUCUCCUGCAGUCUCCCUCCUCCAACUGUCUUUUUUUUCCUCGCUCUCUCUGAAAAACAGCCUGCCUUUCUUUCUCUUUCCAACUCCGCCAAACUCUGUCUCUCGCUCUCAAGUUUUGACAUCUCGCCUAUUCAUAUCUAUCUAUCUAUCUAUCUAUCUAUCUAUCUAUCUAUCUUCUUUUAUUUUAGUUACAGGCUUUAGCAUUCCUUGUCCAUAUAUUUCAUAUCUCUCUUUCUCUCUUUCUCUUUCUCUCUCUCUAUCUAUCUAUCGGUCUAUCUAUCUAUCUAUCUAUCUAUCUAUCUAUCUAUCUAUCUAUCUAUCUAUCUAUCUCAGCCUAUUCAUAUCUAUCUACCUAUCUAUUUAUUUAUUUAUCUAUCUAUCUCAUUCUCUUCAUAUCUAUCUAUACAAAUUCAUCUCAAUCCUUUUGAAUCUGUAUAUCAGACAUGUCGAUAUCUAUCUAUCUAUCUAUCUAUCUAUCUAUCUAUCUAUCUAUCUAUCUAUCUCAAUCGCGAUAAUAUGCUCCGAAGAGAAUAAGAUCUAUCUAUCUAUCUAUCUAUCUAUCUAUCUAUCUGUCUGUCUGUCUGUCUGUCUAAUUAUGUUUAUAUCUAAUACUCAUUCUUUCUUUGUUUCUUAUUCUCAUUCUAUCUAUCUAUCUAUUCUCAUUUUAUCUAUCUAUUCUCGUUCUAUCUAUCUAUCUAUCUAUUUCUAUCUAUCUAUCUAUCUAUCUAUCUAUCUAUCUCAUUUUCAAACUUCUAGUUUUUUAUUCAUUCCUCUCUAUAAUAUAAGCAAUUUAUUUUAUCUAUCUAUCUAUCUAUCUAUCUAUCUAUCUAUCUAA